AUGCAGCAACAAGUAUUAUUUGAAUUUAAUUCUGAUGCUAGAUCAGCGGCCAUAAAUAGUAUAAAAAUGUUAUGCUAUACAGUAGCUGUAAGAAAUGAAACAAAAAAACCUGAAUCUAUUUCUAUAAAUGCUGCCCGAACAACUGUUGCUAAUAAGUCAAGCAAUCGU